AUGUCACAAUACGGAUUCAUUAAGAUUGAAAGAGAUUUCAUCAAAUCAAUACCAAAUCCUCAAGAUCCAACACCAAUUAAAGAUUUAUCAUUACCCAAAAAACAAGAUGGUAUUAGUUCUAAGGUUCUAGAGUAUGUUUCAACAAGAUUAAACAAACCAACAUUAAAUCAUUCUCUAAGAGUUUUCUUUUAUUCAAGAGCUAUUAUCAAAGAUCAAUUUCCUCAAUGGGAAUUAGAUGAAGAUGUAUUGUUAACUACAUGUUUAUUACAUGAUUUGGGCACAACGGAUGAAAAUAUGAAUGAAACAAAGAUGUCAUUUGAAUAUUAUGGUGCUUUUAAAGCAAGAGACUUGGUUUCAAAGUUGACUACUGAUAAUGAUACUGAUUAUGCAGAUGCAGUAUGUGAAGCUAUUAUAAGACAUCAAGAUUUGAAUGAUAAAGGGUAUAUAACCCAGUUAGGGUUAAUUCUUCAAAUCUCCACUGUAUUGGAUAAUGCAGGAUUAGAAGUUGUUAGUAAAUUGAUUCACUCUGAGACUUUAGAUCUUGUUAAUAAAGAAUAUUCAAGAGAUGGAUGGUUAGGAUGUUUUGCCCAAGUUGUUGAACGGGAGAAUCAAUUGAAACCAUGGGGUCAUACCAGUUCACUUGGUGUUGAUGAAUUCCCUCAACUAGUGAGAUCCAAUAAACUAAAGUAUAACUUAUAG